AUGCAGGCAGAGGACAGGGAGCCAGGCAAAGAGGAGGAUCCAAAGCUGCGCAUAGCUUGGCAGUAUCGCCGCUACAUCCAGAGGCAGCAGGACAGAGCAGAGCAGCCGGGGCCGCCAGUCGCUCCGAGAAAGGGGGUUGGAGAUGUUUCUGGCAAACAUCCUGACCUGACAUCACCAUCUGGCAGCACAGCAGGAGGAUCCUCCGGCAGCAAGGCGACUGCGAAGUCCAAGAGCAGCAGCGGCAUGCGCGAUUGGUGUCAUCAGUUCGAUCUGUCACGGCCCAUGGAUGCAUCUGCUCUGCAAGCUAGUCACCUGGCUUGCCAGGGCUAUCAGGGCAGUGAUGCGCUGGAGAGGCUGGUGACUGGGGCUAGGGAGUUCACUGAGGGCCUUGAGCCGGCUGCACAGCCGUCAGGAGUGCGCCCCAGUCUCUCCAGGGGUCCUGAGACAAUUGGGAGGCUUGCGGUGGAGGGUCUGGGAAGCACAUCAUGGCAGCUCGGCGCAGAGGCACAGGCAGCGGCGGAUGCCACACUGCGAGCCGUGCUCCAGAUCAAAGCUCUGGUCAGAGCUGCGAAAUGCGCUGCAUGCAUCAGUGUGCCUGCAGGUGUGCUUCGGGAGUCUGCGGCAGUGCGAUUGCAGCACAUGUGCGAUGCUGUCAUAGUGCUGGAAGCAUUCAGGGACGACUCCGGCAUUGCGCGCAUGGUUUCUGAUGCAAGCAGCUGCUGUGGCCUCAUGCGUGUGCGGCGGCUGCCGGCCCUCAACACGCUGUCAAGGCCGCUGCCUGCCGCAGAGCUGCACCUGCUGCGCCACCGGCGCCGCCGCCUGGCAAUCGAGCAGCUGCAGGUUGAUCCUGAUGCGGAGGCGGCAGAGGCCGAGCACGCAUCCGGCAAGAGCAGCGCCGCCGGGCUGCUCUGCUCGGGGCCGCCGGCAGCAACCAAGGCAUUGGACUUCUAG